CACAUUCCAGCUGCAGACAAGCUGUUAUUUCUCUUCCCCUUUUAAAGAGAGCUUCCACUUUGUCUCUAUCUCUUGGGCUAAGCGCAUCACACUGAUCAGGUUCUUACUCCAGCUUUGAGGAUUUGUUUCUACCAUUGUCAACAAACAUGAAGCUUGCUAUUAUCUCCUUGCCAAUUCUGGUUUUCUGUGUUGGCACGUUGGCACAGGGGCCUGAUACAGAACAAGAGAUACCCUUUCAGAACAAAGACAAGGAAGCUUGCGUCAUGCAAACCAGUGGUCAAGGUGAAAUCAGGCUAAAAAUCGAAUGCAAAAGUGGAGACGACACAUAUUCCUGUGAGUUUACAGGAAAACCUUCUUACUGCAGAGCUUAUAACAAGGAUCGUAGUGCUUUUUGGAACCAACUAAGCCAAGAUCUGAAGAAGAUGAGCAAACCAUGUUCAGCUCCACUGAUAAAGAACAGCUUGUGCCCAAGGGCCCCCUCCCAAUCCCAGUUCAAGCCGGCAGAUCCAAGCCAACCAUCUGACACCAAGAAACCCGCACCUACAAAGAGCAAAGAAGAAGAUGAAGAGAACCCUAAAGCCAUGAAGGUUGCUAAGGAACACUGCUCAUGGUUUUUCCAGAAAUUCUGCUCCUAUAUGGUGGAAAUAUUUAUGAAUUAAAGAGGGAGAGCUCCAGACGAUGAUGACAUCACAUGCGUGAGGAAUGAUUUUGUUCCUUUUUUGGUCAGUGGGGCUGUCUUUGUAAAUAAUACAGUUCCGGCUGUUAUUUUAGAAAUCUUAACAGCGCUUCCUUCAGAAUCCCUGUACACAGAAUAUGCAGAACUUCAACUGUGCAAACGUGGAAUCUCAAGUAUAUAUAUAAAACAUACAUGCUUCUGUACAUUGUAAAUUCUUAGCAUUAAUUAUAUAGUAAUGUGAUUGCUUUUAUGUUAUUUUUCUGAUUGUUAAAAAAGCCAUUGCUAUAAAUAAUUACUUUUUAAAUUUUUUUUAUAUACUUUCACAAAUUUUAUCACAACAAUAAAA